AUGAGUAAAGCUAUUGAUUCUAAUCUUGAAAAGAAAGCCAAAAUAGUUCCCGUUAAUUCGUUUACUGGCGGUUCUUUUGAACUGUUAAGUUCCCAGAAAGUUAACUGGAGAACAAAGCUCAGAGGCAUUAUUUGGGACUCUCUUGACAAAAGUCCCGAGGAAAGACAGUUUAUAUUCAAGAUGGACUGUUGGGUGAUGUCGUACAUCUGUGUUGCCCACUUUGUCAAAUAUUUGGAUUCUAUGAAUGUGUCCAAUGCUUAUGUUUCGGGAAUGAAAGAAGAACUUCAUUUUGGAGGAUUGCAGUACAACUAUUUAUCCACAUGGUACUACAUUGGCUACAUUAUCGGCCAUGUUCCUUCUCAGGUUGCUAUCAGUUAUAUUCGGCCGUCCAUCUGGUUACCUGCAAAUGAAUUAAUGUAUGGUGCCUUUGUCAUGGGAAUGGCAGGAGCUAAAAACGUCAAAACAAUGUAUGCAUUGAGGUUCUUUGUUGGGUUGUUUGAAAGUUCGUCAUAUGGUGGUAUAAUGACAAUCUUAUCGAACUUUUACUUGCCAGAUGAAUUGGGAAAGAGAACAUGUAUCUUUCAAACUACCUCGAGUGCUGCUCAGAUGUUCUCGGGAUACUUGCAAACGGGGCUCCAUAAAGGAAUGAAUGGUGUUGGAGGACUUGCGGCUUUCCGGUGGCUUUUCAUCUUUGACGGUAUUAUCACAAUACCUGUUGCAAUUGUGGGAUUUUUCGCCAUUCCAGACGAACCUUUGAGCUCAAGGGCAUUUUGGCUCAAUGAGAAAGACAGAAGAAUUGCAAUCGGCCGAUUAAAACGAGGGAACAGAAAUACCAAACCCAAUAUGAAGUUCCAAGAUUUUUUGGACAUGUGUGUGGACUGGCCCAUUUACCUUUUCACGUUGUGGUUAAUUUGCCAUGUGCUCGCAGUUAGACUUUACGGAUACAUGAACCUUUGGUUGAAAUCAACCGGCUCCUUUUCCAUCUCCCAGAUCAACAACUUACCUACGGCAGGUUAUGGGCUUCAGAUCUUCGCAACUUUGUGCUGGGCUUGGCUUUCAGAUGCUGUUGGAAACCGGUGGUCUAUUAUAGCCCUAGCCUGUACUCCUGCCAUAAUUGGGUCGAUAAUUUUGUGGGUUUGGCCAAGCAACCAAAGUGCCUUAUUUGCCGGCUGGUACUUGAUGUUUGCCGAAACCGGCGCAGGCGCCUUGUUCAAUACUUGGAUGUUAGAGACUUUGGGUACAGCCGCGGAACAAAGGUACUUGAUGAUAGGCAUUGUUGAGACCAUUUCGUUUAUAUUCACGGCUGCAGUUCCCAUUUACUUGUAUCCAGCGGAAAAGGCACCCCAUUAUCCUUAUGCCUAUCCUAUUACUUUCAUGUUUUUUACGCUUGAAGCGAUGGUUACCUUGGUGAUUGCUUUGAUUCAAAGGCUUGAAAGGAAGGGGGUUUUAAGAAACAACCAUUUUUUUGUAAAUAAGGCCCAGGAAAUUUUGAUUGACGUGGAACAAGUUAGAAAGCAUUAG